AUGCUCAACGCCCGCAGCGACUGGAUUGAUUGGUACAACUCCAUCGGAGAUCUCGCUAAGCGGAACGAAGUGUGGAAGUACUGCGAUCCACUGGGCAUUGAGAACCUCGUCUUCACAUCGACGAAACCAUCAGACUCAGCAAGUAAGGACACUAUCCAGAAGUUCCAAAGCUUGCAAAGCAUCUUCGACUCUGAGAAGAAGAAAUACGACAAGGUAUCUGACCGCAUUGACUACACUGUCUGUCAAGAGUUCAAGCAACACACACACACAAUUUAUUUACGCCCGGCGGCCGAGCCGAAAGGGCUACUAACGUUAGUCUAA